AUGAAUUAUCGUAAAUCAUUUACCAAUAAAGAUCUUACAAUCGUUGAAGCUUUGGGUAUUGUAAGAUCUCGAAGUUUAAAUUCUCCUCUUAAUGUUAUCUUAAUCGGAUUUUACCUGACUAAUACAAUUCAAGAAUUAAGUUUAUCUGAAUUUAAGAAUGGAGAUGUAAUACUUGUAACUGGAAAUUUUCGUAUCAUUGAAAAUAUAGAUAAUGAUAACAAAAAAUAUCCAAUAUUAAAAAUUGUCUUAAAUAAUAUCGUUUGUUUUAAUGACAUUGAUCCUAAUAACAUACCUGCUUUUCCGAUAUUGCUCAAUAUGACAGCAGUGGCUCAAGAAGAACCAAUAAUUGAUGAAGAAGAUGUAACCAUAAAGGUUUCAUCUAAAAAUUUUAUUGAUCAAGACUAUAUUAAUAUCAAGAUAAUGUGUUAUUAUUUUGUAUACGCUCGACAUUUGAUGAAUGUAAUUACCUCUGUAAAAAAACAUUUAGUAAUUUACAUCAACGGAGAGCUUAUGAUAACUGACAAUGCUAACAUAGUUCACAUUCGAAGCAUUUCUUUCCCUGAAUAUCAAAAUUUGAUUUUAUCUGCUAGAGAUUCGAUUCAUCUUACUUGGGAAACUAAAGAUAAAGAUAAAGAUGACGAAAACAAAUCGACCAAUAUUGCUCAAACCAUUGCAUCUAGAGUUAAAGGAAGUAUUUGUUAUAAAAAAAUUACUCCUACCACAAAACCAUAUUCUAAACCUAAUUUUCGUUCUAUCCGUCCUAAAGUUACUGAUUUAUCAAAUAAAUUUUUAAAUCAAAAUUCAAAUACAUCUGAACAAACAACUUCCUCAGUUAAUAACACUGAAAAAAAAUAG